AUGGCGACUUCGGAUCCAGAUACGGGGACUCGUAGUCCCAUCUUUAAGAACAUGAAGUUCUGGGUGUCCGCCCUUGUCCCUCGGCGUGUGACGUUGAAAGAGCAAAUUCAGAACCAUGGGGGCACGGUUGCUCUAUUUGAGAAAAGGGCAGAUUCCAGUGUUAUCAACAUUGUCGAUCAUUUGAAAAAGAAUCUCCCUGCUGAUUCGUAUGACAUCCACCAGCCCCUAAAGAGGAACAUCGAACUAAGGAAUUUUCGCAGUGUGUCUUAUCAAUUUGUGGAAAGGUCUGUGGAAAAUGGAAGGCUUGAGGAUAUUGAGCCUUAUCGGAUUGGUCCUUCGGACAACAGACCUGUGGGCGCCGCGCACAUUCCCAAGAAGAGCACCAAAACAGAUUAUACCCUUGAAGAUGAUCAGGUUCUCUUUGAUCAUAUGCUACCCCUGGAGUUAGAUGGAAAUGCACCCAUUUGUGGCAACAAAAUCUACAAGAGCAUCGAGGACAAAUUUCCUCAACAUACUUGGCAAUCAUGGCGCGCUCGAUACCUCAAAUUUCUCAGAGGGAGGCCCCGCCCUGGUGGCCCAAAGAUGCCCAGCUUGGUCUCUACAGGAGAACCCCAGCUGCCACUACAUCCCAUCGCAGAUCCACCGAAAACCUCAACCUCAGCUCCACCAUGCAUCCUUGCUGCAGAACCAUCACAAUAUUUGACCCCGGCUCUAUUACAUUCUAGUGCAGAAAGACAGUCCGAUUCCUCCAAAUCUUCUCGGUCACAAACUAACUCGGGAAACGCCAAGAGAAAGUGGGACUCCACGAGUGAAACGUCUUCACGUCAGCAUCGUGAAAAGCGUGACAAGCGUGUUUCUCCUACGAAGAGAGGAUUGAUAGAUACAUCCGAUGCUAUAGAUUCCUUGGCUAUGAUUCUUUCACAUAGCAAACGUCGGUCAAAACAGCCCGCGUCGCCAAGGCAAUCACCGAGUCGGUCUCCAGAUCCAGCGACCUCUUCAGAUACCAGUCGACCUCAAAAUAACCCACUUGAAGCUACUCCUCCACCACCAACAUCGGACGGAAAUCAGGCCACUCAAUCUUCAAUUAAGGAUAAAAACACUUUCCAUCCCCGAUUUUGGGAGAUUCUGUUUCCACCGGGUCCAACUCCAGAACAAAAUCAGGCUGUCCAAACUCAAAACGAGUCCGAAGCGGUGUUUAUGGAGAUGCCAAAUCCACCAACGAGCUCAAUCCUGGCGAACAAUAAGACUACCCGAUCUGAAAAUGAGUCUGGAACAACCACUUCCCUGUAUCCUGAGACUCCAGUCAUACCACUGAGUCCAACUACAAAGCAUAAUCAGACUGCUCAACCACAAAACGAAGCCAAAAUGGUCGCCUCCCUGUUUUUUGAGAUGCCAUUCCCACCGUCUAGCCCGGAGCCGGAGCCGCAGCAAGAUGAAGAUGAAGAUGAAUACGACAGUUACCCGGACAUCGAUAGCUGGAUUGAUGCUCGACUAGCCCGAGGCGAUGUAGAAUUGCCAAUCGUACUUGAAGCAUUACAAUGUACAAGUAUGAAUCCAGAAUACGCAGAGAAGGUGAUAGCGCAAUAUGCAGCCGGAAAGGGGAUUCCCUACGAUAUGCCAGGAGUAUGGACAGCUGAGGAUGACAAGUGUCUUGAAGGUUCAAAUCAACGAGACAUCAAAGCAUUAUUUGACAAACAUGGUGAAGAGUUAUGCGAGGCUAGAUUCGAGUUUCUCGCCCUCAUGCGAGGCUAG